GUUAAUAUUUCCUCAGGCAAGAAUUGAUCUGCGCUCUGUCAAGGUUUAAAAUCGCUGCCAAAUUCCCUCUCCAUGGAUUCACCAUCAUCUAAAUUCAUUUGGAUAAUUGAGAACUUUUCUAGCUUGAAUGACAAAGAAUUUCAUUAUUCUGAUAUUUUUUUAGCAGGUCGAUAAGGAUUCAUCCCAAGGGUCGCACAAUCGGAAAACACUUUUCGAUGUACCUUAUGUUUAAGGGUCUGGAUGAUAAAUCUUAUAAUACAAAGUUCUGCUUAUCCGUUUUUAAUCAGAAAGAUAACCAGAAAACAGUGAGACAAAGUGGGCAAUAUACAUUGGCUCGUAACACAGGCAGUGGGUUUUCAUCAGUUUUACUCCUUUCUGAUCUACAUGACCCUGCAAAAGGGUUUAUUGUAGAGGACAGUUGCAUAAUUCAAGCUGAGAUUACUUUUGUUAUGUCUGAUGCUUUUAAUGUGGAGGUGCCUUUAAGUACUGCUAGGAAACCCUUUGAAGGAGACAACGCAGUUGUAUUCUAUGAUGACAAUUUUGAAAUUGUCGGAAACUUCAGUGUUUUGGAAAGACAAGCAUCUUUAUAUAGAAAGAUUUGGCUGAAAUACGGCCAUAUAGCUUCGACGGGAGUUGUGCCAGCCUCGUCAUACAAUAGCUUACUCACUACGGUUGCGGAUUAG